AUGGCUUCAGCACGCGACUUAACCGCGCUCCCUGGGUGCGAUGGGUCCAAGGCUGUGACUCAAGACACUAUCGACCAAGUUGACACUACUCAUUCAUCGGGCAUGUUGUUGAAGCAACAGAGUCUGUCAGACCUCUUCACUAUUUUUGCAAGCGGCUUCGCUCUGAUCAGCGAUGGAUAUCAAAACAAUCUGAUGACUAUGACCAAUGUCCUCCUCAAAAAGGAAUACCCCAAGGAGUACACUACCACUGUCAGCACGCGGGUUUCGAAUGCUCUACUCGUCGGCGAAGUCAUUGGGCAGGUUGUUAUCGGACUGACAUGCGACUAUCUCGGUCGUAAGACCGCUAUCGUCUUCACAACCCUUAUGAUCGUUGUCGGAGGUAUUCUCGCCACAGCCUCGCAUGGCGUUACCAUCGAUGGCAUGUUCUGGAUGAUGACGGUUGCCCGUGGCGUUGUCGGGUUCGGCGCCGGCGGCGAGUACCCGGCCUCUUCAACUUCCGCCUCGGAAGCAGCAAAUGAUCUAACCCCGAAGCACCGUGGCCCGGCAUUCAUCAUGGUAACCAACUUCCCCCUGUCAUUUGGAGGCCCAUUCGCGGUAUCAAUCUUUUUGAUCGUACUCUCGGCCUGUCAGCAGUCCCACUACAGCACCGUGUGGCGGGUGUGCUUUGGUAUAGGAUGCAUCUGGCCGCUGUCGGUGUUUUACUUCCGAAUCCGCAUGCUGAACUCGGUGCUGUACCGACGCGGAGCGAUCAAGAAACACGUACCCUACAUGCUUGUGCUGCGGUAUUACUGGAAAGCAUUGAUUGGGACUUGCGGUGCUUGGUUCCUCUACGACUUUGUCACCUUCCCCAACGGCGUUUUCUCCGGUACAAUCAUCUCCUCGGUCGUGCACGACGGCACAAUCCUAAAAACAGGCGAAUGGCAGCUCCUCCUCGGCGCAAUCGCGCUGCCGGGCGUCUUCCUGGGGGCCAUUCUCUGCGACCGCCUUGGCCGCAAGCGCAUCAUGAUGAUCGGCUUCAGUGGAUACCUAAUCUUUGGCCUAAUUAUUGGCUGCGCCUACGACCGCGUUACUAAGAUCGUGCCUCUCUUCGUCGUCUUCUACGGACUGAUGCAGAGCUCGGGCAAUUUCGGUCCGGGCAAUAUGCUCGGUCUGAUUUCGUCUGAGUCGUAUGCUACCGGUGUUCGAGGGACUUGCUAUGGGCUCUCUGCGGCUGUUGGGAAGGCAGGUGCUGCUGUCGGUACGCAGGCGUUUCAGCCUAUCAAGGAUCGUCUGGGGAAUAAGUGGACUUUCAUUAUUGCUGCUAUUUGUGGCGUUGUUGGGAUUUUGGUGACUUUCUUCUUUGUACCUGAUUUGACGGGCGAGGAUUUGAGGGUGCGCGACGAGAAAUUCCGUGCUUACCUUGUUUCCAACGGCUGGGAUGGCGAUAUGGGCGAGGAUGAUUUGCAAGCGGCUGCUGAUCAAGUCAUCGCCCCGGGUCUUCCUAAUGGUGAUGAUAAAUCCGUGGACUAG